AUGACAACCAAUGGAGAGCCAUGGGUCGGAGAUGGUAGGCAGGGCGUAGUGAACACUACGGCGGAAAAUGGCGCCCAGCUCGAAAACGGAAAAGGAGGUAACAAACAAACGCAGAGAAAACACAAAGAACAUGUCGUCAAGCUUCUGAAUCGUGGAAAGUUGUCUGGCCAGUAUUCUCAGCGCUUGUUCAGGAAACUACCACCGCGUGUCUGUGUUCCCCUGAAGAACAUAGUCAGCGAGGAGUUCCUCAGAGCAGGACACAUCUUCCUGGGUUCACUAAGUGUGGUCGUUACGUGCUGUCCUACACCAGUGACUGUGGAGGACGAUGACUUCUCCUCUAUACACCUAUCACCUCUACUGGGUGGGAGUUCAACCUACACAGCAGACUCAAACAGGUAGGUUGGACCGACUGGG